AUGUCAAGACAGAGCGAUAGGGGGAAGGGUGAUAUUGUGGACUGGGGGCUGAUGGUGAAGGAGAGGCUGUUACUCGUUGCUGCUUAUUCCUGGAUGCGGAUCGCUACCCAGACAUCGGGGUCUCGGUCACUCUGUAACGUCCAAGCCAAGAAAAAAGGGGAUUGGGAAUUUCACGGUCACGGGUAUCCAGGCGACUUGACCCUGCAUGAAACUCGAGUCAAAGCCUCAAAGGAAAAUGUCAUGGAGAUCGCCAUGGCCGUUUACGAAAUCUCCCAAAUUGCCCAUGUAGUUAGUCUCUUGGCUCCUUGGCAUGGAUCUAGGGCCAUUGCCUCGCAAAAUUUCGCUAACAAUAUCUUAAAUUCAUCCAAAAGAUAUAAGUUUGAUAGUAGUCUUGCGGACAUACAUUGA